AUGGCUGUUUCGAGCACGUUUGGAGGAGCUAAGAUUGAGACUUUGCUGGUCAGCAACACGACGUCGUCUUCAAUGUCGAUGUCCGCCUCGGCUUCUCCGGCGACGAUUGGACUGCUCUGCAAGACGGCUGUAGCUCAGCCCAAGCGAUGUCAUUUAAUUAAGAAUCAGAGGAGUAUUUCCAGGAUCAUCAGCCGCGAGGUUGCUUCUGAUGCUUUUGUUCAGACCGUCGACGACAAAGUGGGCUCCACAAAUGCUGCUUCGGCUUCCAGUCUCUCGGCUCUCGAACAGCUCAAAACCUCAGCUGCUGACAGAUAUACAAAAGAAAGGAGCAGUAUUGUUGUGAUUGGACUCAGUAUUCAUACUACACCAGUUGAAAUGCGGGAGAAACUUGCUAUUCCUGAAGCAGAGUGGCCAAGAGCUAUUGGGGAACUAUGUGGUCUGAAUCAUAUUGAAGAAGCAGCUGUUCUUAGCACCUGUAACCGAAUGGAAAUCUAUGUUGUAGCUCUUUCUCGCCAUCGGGGCAUUAAAGAAGUCACUGAAUGGAUGUCAAAGACUAGUGGAAUCCCUGUUUCAGAGAUUUGUCAGCACAGGUUCUUGCUGUAUGACAAAGAUGCAACACAGCACCUUUUUGAAGUAUCAGCUGGACUAGAUUCCUUAGUAUUGGGAGAAGGCCAAAUUCUUGCUCAAGUGAAACAAGUUGUCAAAGUUGGACAAGGGAUUGUGGGAUUUGGGAGGAACAUAAGUGGCCUCUUUAAGCACGCAAUCACUGUUGGAAAGAGGGUUAGAACUGAAACAAACAUUGCAGCUGGGGCAGUUUCUGUAAGUUCAGCUGCAGUAGAAUUGGCUUUGAUGAAGCUUCCUGAAUCUUCCCAUGCCACUGCGAGGAUGUUAGUGAUUGGUGCUGGAAAGAUGGGGAAGCUUGUGAUCAAACACUUGGUGGCCAAAGGGUGCACAAAAAUGGUGGUCAUAAAUAGAAGUGAAGAACGAGUUUCUGCCAUUCGUGAGGAGAUUAAGGAUGUUGAAAUAAUUUACAAACCGCUGGAAGAAAUGCUAAACUUUGCAGCUGAAGCAGAUGUAGUUUUUACCAGCACUGCAUCAGAAACCCCAUUGUUUUUGAAAGAGCAUGUGACAGACCUACCACCUGUUUGUGAUACUGUUGGGGGAUUGAGGCUUUUCGUUGAUAUAUCUGUUCCAAGGAAUGUGGGUUCAUGUGUUAAUGACCUUGAGACUGCACGAGUGUAUAAUGUCGAUGAUCUUAAGGAAGUUGUGGCUGCUAAUAAAGAGGAUCGACUCAGGAAGGCAAUGGAAGCUCAGGCAAUUAUUGGGGAAGAAUCAAAACAAUUUGAAGCCUGGCGGGAUUCACUAGAGACUGUUCCAACUAUCAAGAAACUGAGGGCAUAUGCUGAGAGAAUAAGAACAGCAGAGCUCGAAAAAUGCAUGUCUAAAAUGGGUGACGACAUUCCGAAGAAGACGAGGAAGGCAGUCGAUGAUCUUAGUCGAGGGAUUGUAAACAAGAUCCUCCAUGGUCCGAUGCAGCAUCUAAGAUGUGAUGGGAGUGAUAGCCGGACAUUGAACGAGACACUUGAGAAUAUGCAUGCUCUUAACAGAAUGUUCAGUCUGGAGACAGAGAUUUCUGUGUUGGAACAGAAGAUUCGGUCGAAGGUAGAACAAAAUCAGAAGUAA